AUGGGACUGGGAGAAACCAACACUGCUGUAUUAUUAAAUCAAAUUGAUGAUCUAUCCAAAUCAUUGAAGGAGUGUCAAAGGAUUGCUGCUAAUUUGAGUUAUAAAUUCAAGCGGGGGCCAUCUGGCGACAAACUCGCUAACCGUAUUGGUAAGAAACCCAAAGCCUCACCUCUGGAGGGUUGGGUUACACCAAACCCAACGGAGGUUGUGUGUUACCGUUGCCAAGAAAAAGGGCAUUUUGCUGCUAAAUGCCCAGCCAAGCCAAAAAAACAAGGCAUGUCACCUCAAAUUUCCUUGGUGACUGCUCAGUGGGUAAGACGUGGUGAACGGGAGAACGACGAAUUAGUGAGUGAUCUUCCAACAAAGACGUUGAAAGUGAAGGAGAAGGAUGUUCAUAUGUUACCAGAUUGUGGCGCUCAGAGCAACAUGAUUGAAUAUGGACUGGUAAAGGAUUUAGGACUUGUAAGAGAAGAAACACCUAAACCCUUUGUGGUGGUUGGAGCUAUGAAGUCUGGUUGUGCAGAAAAUAUUUCGAAACAAGUUGAGUUGAGCUUUGUCGUUUUUGGUACACAGGUUACUGGUACAUUCUUUGUCUUCAGGGAUACAAGAAUACCUGUUAUCUUAAAUGUGCCAUUCAUUAAACGGAACCGAGACACUGCUUAG